AUGGCUUCAAUGGAGGAAGAAGAGGACCGUGACAUGGGCGGCUCCCAGGACGGAAGCUCUGAUAACGAGAAUGAGAACGAUAUGGACGACACAAUGCGCGACGUCGACGAUGGCGAAGGCGAUAAUGAAAAUGACCAAGACGGGGACGGGGAUCAGGAUCCCGAUAGCCCUUCGAACGCGAGCCAGGCGUCGGAAGGCCCUGCCAUUCAACAAAACACAAAUAGCAAUGGCGACAGCUCCGUGUUGGAACCGUUCUCCAUUUACCACCCAAGUGUGCGCCCUGAAUGCCUCACAGCCCGAACCUACGAUGUGAUCCCAACCACCGCCGCACCGCAUGCGACCUCGAUCAAUACCGUUACAGCGACAGCGGAUAUGCGUUGGGUCUUCACCGGUGGAUCGGAUGGAUUCGUGCGAAAGUUCAACUGGGCGGACUCAAUAAACAGCAAGCUCAUGUUAACCGUGGCGCAAAGGCAUCCCUUCGUGGAUAGUGUGGUCAAAGCUGGAGUCCUGAUGACAUACUGGGAGAACAUGGAUGGCGCCCAGUUGUCACCGGUGUACUCUUUGGCCUGCCAUAGCGAAGGAUUAUGGAUGCUUUCCGGGUUAGAAUCUGGGGUAAUCCGUCUGCAAACUCUGCGCCACGAAGAGGGCAAGGAAAUUGCGCUUCUGCGGCAACAUACUUCUGCAGUGUCCUCCCUGAAUCUCACAUCAGAUGAAGAAUCAUUGCUCUCCGGGGGCUGGGAUAAACGAGUUUUUGAUUGGGAUCUGAAUACUGGUCAACCUCGACGGGCUUUCGGUGGUAGCGGUGGACAAAUAUCUGCUUUGCAGAUUCGGCCAGAGUCCACCCUUCCAGUCCCCCAGGACACAAUCGAAGCGCAACAGACCAAUGGCACAUAUUCAUCAAACUAUGAUGCGCCUGGUACAGACAAUUUCAACUUCAUGGAUACCUCUCACGACAAUGGAGACUCGGGCCCGGUUGAGAACCCGCAGGCGGGAUCCCCGGCAGACUCACUAUUUGGCGGAGCGGACUCGUUAUUUGGUGAUGCGGAUGGCGGAGCCGCUGAUGGUGGUGAGCCAUCCGGGGGAGUAUUUGGGGUAGAUGAGGACGACGAGUUUGGCAAAGCUGUAGCCAACGGUGCUAUGCAGGAUGUCGACGCGCCAGGAGAAGUUGAUGAUGAAAUAUCUGCUCAACUAGACAUGGGAUAUGUACAAGACACGCAGAAUACAUUGUCGAACCAAACAAAUACUCACACGGAUGAGCCAGUCCAGAAAACGGAAAUGGAAAUGGACGAUGCGGACAUCCCGACUGGCGCAGUGCAACCUCUUGUCAAUGGACUCCCUAAAGCAGAGGAUCUCGAGACACCCCCACCAGCCCCAGACUUCUCACAAAAUACCCAACAAGAGCACGGUGUGACAAGUGAUAACACGUUCCUGGCUGCUUCAAUCGAUGGAACAAUCCGAGUUUGGGACCGGCGACAGCCUGAUCCUGUCGCUCGCAUCACCCCCUAUAAUUCUCCUCCAUGGUGUAUGAAUGCUUGUUGGUCCCCCGACGGAAACUACAUCUAUGCCGGACGCCGGAAUGGCACUGUUGAGGAAUACAGUCUCCACAAGGGUUUGAGAACUGCCGAACGAACGUUCAAAUUCCCACAGGGGAGUGGGCCGGUGACAGCACUCAAGGCCAUGCCGAAUGGGCGUCAUCUUGUCUGUGCCUCUCACGAUAUCCUCCGUCUCUACGAUCUCCAAAACGAGCAAGGCGACCAGUCUUCUCGCCAUUCGCCAGUUCCGUUCCUGAUCAUUCCUGGUCAUCGGACUGGAACUAUCUCCCAGCUGUAUAUCGAUAAUGCAUGCCGUUACAUGAUCUCUACCAGCGGUAACCGGGGCUGGGAAGGAAACACCACUGAAGUCCUCCUUGGUUACGAGAUCGGUGUGCCGCAAUAG